GUGCGCGGCGCUGCCGGGGGCUGGGGUGCUGCCGGCGCUGGCAGCUCUCCUCCCCGAGGGCUCGGACCGCGCCUCGGCCCCCGCCAACGGCUCCCGCAUGUGCUCUGCCCGCAGGCAGGUCUGCAGCCGCCCCCGAGGAUGGACAUCAGGCCGAACCACACCAUCUACAUCAACAACAUCAACGACAAGAUUAAGAAAGAAGAACUGAAGAGGUCCCUGUAUGCGUUAUUCUCACAGUUCGGUCAUGUGGUCGACAUUGUAGCGUUAAAGACUAUGAAGAUGAGAGGACAGGCUUUUGUUAUAUUUAAAGAACUUGGAUCGUCUACUAAUGCUUUGAGACAACUACAAGGCUUUCCAUUUUAUGGGAAACCAAUGCGUAUUCAGUAUGCAAAAACAGACUCUGAUAUCAUCUCUAAAAUGCGUGGUACUUUUGCUGAUAAGGAAAAAAGGAAGGAAAAGAAGAAGGCCAAAUCUCUGGAGCAGUCAGCAAAUGCAGCAAAUAAAAAGGUUAUCCAGGGAGCAACACAAAAUUCAGCCAGUGCCCCAGGGACAGCAGCACAGAAUCAGCAGGUGCCUGAUAACCCGCCAAACUAUAUCCUUUUCCUUAAUAACUUGCCUGAGGAAACAAAUGAGAUGAUGCUGUCCAUGUUGUUCAAUCAGUUUCCUGGAUUCAAAGAGGUACGCUUAGUGCCUGGGCGCCAUGACAUUGCAUUUGUGGAGUUUGAAAACGAGAAUCAAGCAGGAGCUGCUCGAGAUGCUCUGCAAGGAUUCAAGAUUACUCCGUCUCAUGCCAUGAAAAUCACUUAUGCGAAGAAAUAACCGGAUGAUCCUAUAAAGGACUUCUGUGGAUAGUUGGGGUUUUUUUUAAUACAAUGAUACUUUGAUUAGCUAGCAUGCUUGCUGUUCUCUGCAGAAAACUUCAGACUUGUGUAAAACUGCCAACAAUGGCCAGGACAGACUUAGGGUUUCUAUAGAUCUACUGGACAGUAAAUUUUUGUGUUGAAAUAGUAAUUUUUAUAAAAUAAAUUCAGUUUAUGCUGUUCU